AUCUUUGUGUGCGGAUACAAUGAUAAUUUUUCCGAUGGAUGUGACAAGGUACGUACCGUACUAGUCGUUGGAACGUCACGAAUAAACACUCGGUUGUGCGACAUGCAUGGUAACAGCAUGUGUAAUACGACACUUCCACAGUUCAUAAUAACGUUAUAUAAAAUAUCGUUUUUUAGUUUAAAUUGAUGGACAGAUUACAACACUGCCGUACCAUACGAGCUAUCGCCAGUUGUAAUAAUACUUAAUCCGUAUAACUACUCUGUGUUAUGUGAACAACAAGAUAAUAAACACGACAUGUCGGACUCAGAAAACAUUGAUUUUUACAUCAAUAAUAGAACAGAUGUCAGAAGUAACUAGUGCCCUAUUGUAAAUAAUAUUUGUCUGGAUGUAGAACGUGGGAUUGGUGUGGGAUUUUGGAUACCCUUUAUGCUCCAUGUAUGUGCUGUUUUAUUGUGUCUACUGGUCACAUUUACCUGGUCGGGUGGUUACUCCGGCCGCCGGUUGUUCGGUUUGUAUUCUUUCAUUACCUGGAAAUCCGAUGUUUAACACCGUGACUAAUAUUUCCAACAGGGGAUGAUAAAGCUUUUAAAUCAACAACGGCAGGUAGCCAUGAAAAGAUUAUUCAGACAAAGACACAGUAUCAUCACCGUCCGGAAGAGGCCCGUACUACUGCUGUGUAUGGUAAUGAUGCUGAUGUGGACAUUUCACUUGUUUGACCACGAGAUACCCCAAAACGUUGACAGUGACGUGGAAUCCUUUGAAGUCAGAAAGCUAUGGGAGUUUGACGCUGGUCCAGAGACGUUUGGACAAGUACAGAUGGUUGACGAUUCGAUCGUUAUGAUUCCGGAGAAGUGGCAGCUGGAGGUGCUUGCUUUGCCCAGACUGGCAGAACUAUACAAAAGAAACUUGAAUAAUCUUCAGAUAUUCUGCCCGGUUAAAACAGUCUUUGGUGGAACUCACGAUGGCUGGACCGUGUGUUCAACGGAACAACAGAACAAGUGUGUCGUCUAUCUGAUCACGAGUAAUCCAGGACCCAGUAAUUUUUUGUCGGAACUCAAAUCCAUAUGGGGAUGUCACGUCAAUAAGAUAGACCAAAAGAACUGUACGGAGAAAACACUGCAGCGCAUCAGUGCCGAGAAAGUGAUAGACAUAUUCGCCGUUGACGUGGACGACUCGGAGGCUAUUUUACUUGAGAGAAUGCUGGCUUUGGGCGUGAUUAGUAAAGUGAAACAACUGUUAGUAACAUUCCAUGGGGACAUGGAGGGUCAGUUAAAUGCUAGACAAUACCAGGACAGAUUGACUUUACAAAGAAACCUACUCCACCUGGGGUAUCGGAUAUUCCACCGCACGAGGAACACCCAGUGCACGCAUUGCGACAAGGUCCCAAGACCUGGCUGUGUCACUCUUAAUAUGAUGUUACCUUCACAAGUGAAAGCCCCUAUCGUGAUACCGCCAGAACACAUUCUCGGUAACCUUACCUCCAACCAGCUCAAUCGAUAUUACCAUAGAUAUUUGUUGACGACACAGACGUUCUGUAAGAAGCUAUCUCCGAUGGGUGAUAUUGGGCGAGGCGGUUGGGAAGUGUGUAUAGACGAGCCGUACAGUCCCGCUGUACCCUGUCUGGUAUACUCCUUCGGGACAGCUGAUGAUUGGGCGUUCGACAGCGCACUGGCCAACCAUUUCGGGUGUGAAGUACACAGUUUUGAUCCAAGAUAUCGAAAUACUAAAGAAGAUACCAACGAUACCAGCGACCUGGUACCGAACAACAACAGGGCGGGAACGGUGUUCUACCAUAACGAGGCUCUAUGGGACAAGGACACGCAAAUCCGGAGGCCAGAUGGACAAAAAUGGACCGCGGUCACAUUUAAAACUAUCAAGAAAAAAUUGAGACAUUUAAAAAGACAGCUUGACGUAUUGAGAAUUGACAUAGACUAUGCAGAGUGGAGAGUGCUGCCUUCAUUAGUCAGUUCGGGUUUGCUAAGACACGUGAAGCAGCUAUUUUUAGAACUGCAUGGUAACACUGAUGACGGAAGUGAUCAAUACUUUCAUAGACUUUUAGUGUUACGUAGUCUUCACGACCUUGGCUUUAGGUCAUUUUGGGCUCAAGCGAAACCGGAUGACAGUGACCAGUUUGUGUCUCCAUUGACUUCGACAAGAGUUUCAAAAGUUUACCAAUUAAAUCUAAUAAAUAUUUAUGUAAUUUGAUUUAAAGCUUUAAAAUCUUAUUUAUAAUAUAACAGGAUAUUUUGUAAACUCUCAAAAAUUGCGCAAUUUAUAGUCUCAGUUUUGAUAUUGUAUGAGGCUUUUGAUAUCUUCCUCAACAGGCGCUUUGACGGAGUAUAUUUCGACCGUGGUGCUAAUGAAAGAAGCUAUCUUCAUCUAUGGUAGUUAUCUUUCGCUGUGGUCCUACUUACUGUAGAUUAUUUCUUCUUAAUUCCAAUUGACUAGAUAUCUUUCUACUUAGUCCCUUGUGGCCACCCUGUCUGCGGAUAUCUCCACUGUAACCAUAAUGACUAAGUAUCUUCCUCCGUGGUUCCUGUGAACAGACUGUCACUGUAGAUAUUUUUCUGUGGUACUUAUAAAAGCUUAUAUCUUCCUCCAUUGUCCUAAUGGCUAUAGAUAGGAUAUCAUCAUUCAUGGUCCAAGUGACUGAACAUUACUUCCUCUUUGGUCGUAAUGACUGUAGAUAUCUUCAUCCAUGGUCCCAGUGACUGAAUAUUACUUUCCUCUUCCUCACUGUAGAUAUGUUCCUCAGUGAUUCCUGUGGAAGAGAACAUGACAAUAGCUAUCCUCUUUUGUGUUCUUAAUGACUGAGAUUACCGCCAGUGUCCUAGUGAUGGAAUUUAACUUUCUCUUUGAUCGUAAUGACUGUAGAUAUAUUUUUCACUGCCCAUAAUAACUUUUUUUGUAUAUUUAUGUGAAUGCAGCUAUCUGUCUUCGUUACCCUAAUGAAUAUUAAUCAUCCUCUGUGGCCAUAGGGCAUGUUUCUUUCAUCAAUGAUCACAGCAAGAUAUGAGUUAUGUCCUGCUCUUCAUGUGAACUAUCUUGUUAUUGUUUUAAUUGGUAGCAAGUAAUAAUUUACAUACAAACUGCCAUUUUCAUUAAACUCUACUUACCUCAGGUUAAUAAUAAAAAUGUCUGCCACUUGAUAAGAAAUCACUAUUUAUAUUGAAAAAAAACAAGUAAUGCAUUUCAUCGUGCUUAUAUUAAAACGACAAAACCAUCGGAUUUUAUUUGCAAAAAUGUUCUAAGCAUGUUAUUGAUGUGAAUGUCGUUUUAUUUCGAUUAUAUGGUGGAUUGUGCAAUGAUCUGAUUGAAAUUCUCUCUGCGACGCAUACCUGUUUUGUAUAACUGUAUAGUUUCAUUUCGUCGGCUCAAGGUUGAGAGACUACGGUCAUUAAAUAUCUUGGAACACAAUCAAAGAAGUAUUAAAGAUAUCAUUUUUCAGUAUAAUUAAUAAUUACUAGUAAUAAUGAUAUCGUCAGAGGUCCUGUUUCUGUGCGGGUCCAGUUUCAGUGAUCAUAGUUAUCUACUAUGAUGUUUGACAUGAUGUAAUGAAUGUUUAUCUUGAGGUAAGUUCCCGUUACAUUUCGGCAAUAUUUCACUAUUUAACGAUUUAGUUCAUUAUUUUUGACAUUUUUCCAGUUUCAAAGAAGUUCAUUCUGAACGUACCAUAAAUGCCACCGUUCACAGAUUUUCUUUAGAUUGAAUUAUUUAUCCAAAAGUUCAUUUAUCAAUCCAUGAUGUUCAUAUAUCCAACCAAGUGCCAUCAAUAAUGUGAUAUUAAUCAUAACCCAUUGUCAUGAUUUCAUUCGACAUUAACACACAUGUGCGGAUUAAUUUUCUUUAUGAUAUAUUUAUAGAAGAGAAUUUUAUGUUAACAUAUUUACAAUUUGAUAGUUUUGCUUGUGUUUUAAGAUUAAUGACUUAUUCCAAUAAAAUAUAUAAAU